AUGUUGACACAAGAAUUGAUCGCAAAGCAUUUGUUGAUACUGUGCUGCUACGGUGGAUCCCCCUUCGUCGAUAUUCAUCUACAGGGACCUGGCGAAGUGGAUACAGGUGGGGGCGGCUCUCCUGUAAAACAUCGCUCCACAUAUGCACUCGAUCCAACAGACUGGAUUGCCGUCGAUACGUCUGGUGAGCGAUUUUGCUAG